GUGGCUGAAGAGACGACAAAUGCGAGAUAAAGGGCUUGGGAAGAUGCAGCAGAGCAAAGCAAGCAAACAAGUAAACCAACUCGGCGUGCAUGCCGAAGAAGACAAGCGUGUAGUGUGCUGCUGCUGCUGCUGCUACUGCUACUGCUACGGGAGAUUCCAACCCUUUUGCCGUCCUUUUCCUGAGUCGCGGACUGCAUAAACACGAAAUGUCGGCGUUGUUCCGAAAGCAAAUCCGUCUCAGGCGAAGCAUCCAGCCAGCCAGCCAGCCCGCAGCUAGCGGAGAGAGGAGAGAAAAUCGGGCUGCGACAUGCGCCGGCGCUCCAUGAGUUGAUCGUCGCCGUUGGUUGCCAACGUCUAACAAGGGCCUCUUUGAGACAUGACGGCGUCGUGGCCACGGUAAACAAGGAAAAAAAACACCGCAAAACAUGCAGACACAGCAACAACCAUCACAACAAAAGAGAAAGCCGACAACAAACAUGCAGGGCAGAUAUUAUUGGAUCUGGACUGGCCCUGGGCUGGAUUCCGAGUUGCGGUGGCGCUCAAGGUUGCCGUAAUUCCACCAAACAGAAGAGCCGCAUAGCAAUAGGAAACACGAGUAGCAGAAGAAACGAGGCGAACAGCCAGGCAAGGCUAACAAGAAAUGACGAAAGAGACUAAGAACAAGGAAGGACACGGCUAGCGUCACGGGCAUCAUCAUCAGCAUCGCCUGGCCGGCGAACGGGUCUGGCUUACACGGCCACCUGCCCUAACGAACGCCCCGCCGCAUGGCCCAAGGGGACGCUAAUUAGCAACGGCGGCGCGUGCUUACCACCCAUCAAAGCAAGGCUGGCGUGGCAAAGGGACCCUAAGAAUUACCUAGAGCGGUUUAACGUGCUUCGCUAGGCAGCCGCCAUAGAGAUGAGAUAGUGGUGCCAUUAUUGGCGCUAACAGAUUUUGGGCAGAGUCAGUUAUGUGCAGAAGAGUUGUUCUAUUGCAGCCAGCAGUAGUAAACAGCAAGCAACAGAAGAGUAGCCAUAUUGGGAGAGUACCCUGGAAAGCUGCCGGUAAAAGGGCCGAGAGUCAGCGUGGGUCACUUUUUCUUCUUGUCCGGCUUGUGUCCUGUGUCAUUGUUUUACUCGCUCUUCAUUUCCCUUUGGCCUGUUACUAUUCUGGCUCCAGAUCGGUGUCUAUUGUCUAUUGCCCCCUCAGGUGCCACAAUGGGCCCAUGUAGCCCACUCUCGGUCUUGUACCAAGCCUCAGAGUCUACCGAGGCAAGACACGGUAAACCGAGAGGGAAAAAAAAAAGAAAAACAAAGAAAAACAGAAAAGAAGCAGGCUGGAGGUUGUCGGGUGGCCGAGCAGUGCCGAGAGAGAGAGGCAGACUUCGGGAUUCCAGAGAGGCUGGAGAAGAUCGUCUUUGUGUCUGAGAGGGACAGGACAGGAGGCGGCGGCGGCAUCUAUAGAGGGAGGGAACAAUAGAUGCGAUGCAAUGCAUUGGGGGCAGACAAACCAAGUCCAGCAACUAAAUGGAGAGCAAACUGCAUACUACAACAGUGCGCUCCCUGCAGCAGCAUCAGCAGUAGCAUCAGCAAUGGCCAGCAAGCAAGCACCAAGCAGCAAGCAGCGCGCCGAAGGCCGGGGGCGCAAACAUUGGCUUUAGCAGUUGGCUUGGCUGGGGUCUGCUCCUCUUUUUUUUUCCCGCUGGCCUGCAGCAAGCGGCAAGCAUCAAGCACAACAUACAGCGUGGCAACGCAGAAAAAGCACGCCCGCCGUUUUAUUUUAUUUUUGACAGCAUGCAUGGUGCUGCGUGUACCUAGCCACGGCUGGGACGCAGAGGUGUACUUUGCACAUGGAGCAAGCAGCCGCAGCAGUGCAGCAGCAGAAACAACAACAUCAACAUCAACAAUAACACGCAGUAGAGUGCCACCACACACACUCACCGGGGAGGCUUGCUGGCUUUUUCCUGAACGAGCCAGCCGCGCGGGCGGGCGCGGGGUGAGGCCAAUAGCCUAGAUUUGGACAGGGCCACAAUGCUACUGUACUGAAUUCGUAAGUACAGCGCAGUGUGGUUGGUGCGGGUGCCAGCAGCAGCCAGCCCGCCCCAGUGCCGCAAGCCCACUGUAAAGAACCCACUGAGCGAGACACUGAGCGAGCUGUACAGUACCUUAGUGGAACGUAUUCGUUUGUUAAGAGAUAUUCCAUGCUACAUGAAAACGUAUACUAUUCUAGAAUAGGUGUGAUUAUUUCUAAUAUUCUAAAAUAUAACGCUGGUUCUGUCUAUAUAAACAAAACGUCGUUUUCUCGGUAAACGUCUGGAAAGUCAGCAGCCCUCCGCUAAAGGUAGGUUCACAGCUGUAGGCGGGCGGCGGGCCCUUUUGGAAACAACACUGCCCGCGCCUCGUAGGCGCACACCUCGCCCAUCUGGGGACGCUUUGCCUCGUUUCCCUGGCUCUUCUCCCGCUCUUCUUUUCGCCUGCGCACGUUGUCAUGGCGCGCCUCGCCCCCCGUUUCCAGUGGAUUCUCUUACCUACAACUCUACUCGAUGUCACAUUUGGCCUUGCCUCUUGCCUUGCCGGGCCUUGCCUGGCCGUGGACACUGAUGUGCUCUUGAAUCGCCGUACCGCUUUGGCGGCGGGCCACCUUGUAAACCCUUUUCCCGCCUGAGAGCUGCUGCUUCUUCCACUUCUUCCCCGCCCACACUCCUCACUUUGGCUUUUUUUUAAUUUCUUUUUUUUUAUUUUCGGUUUUUGAGUUAACCUCGUUUUUCCGGGCAGCAAAGACCCUUCAGCUUUUAUCGGACCCGACAGCAUCUCUCUCAGGAACACACACCCAGCAGCGAGCUAGAUGGCGUUGGCAUACCCGUAGCCCGGCUAGUAGGGAGUUCCUGUAGUAGCGUCCUUUCUCUAAGCCCGUGGCGCAACCAUCCAGUCAGCGGCACCAGAAGAUCACAAUCUGCCCCCAAAGACAAGACAUAAAAAAAAAAUUCAGUUACAAAAAAAGAACAGCCAGACCCGGUACGCUCAUCUUCUGCGGCGAUCCAUUAUCCCCUGCCGAAUCCCAAACCCGGAAGCGCCGUUCCCCGCCUGGCGUCUGGCAAUCACCACCAGGCCUAUUCAUGGUUUCAUCGCCAACGGCCGACUGGCUCUUGGCGUUUGCGCCCUGUGCUAUUGCUUCUGUUGAUUGCAAGUCUUCUUCGACAAGCCUCUUGGUUGACUCGACGAAAUCUAGCACUGACUAGAAAAUCACAAGAGAACGUUGCAAUCUAGUUCUUGGAAUUUAUCCACCUCGGACGACUUGGAGCGGAGCUUCUUAGUAUCGCCUGAUUUCUGGCCAACAACACUCUUCCAAAAACUCUAUAUAGUAUUGCCAAAAAAAGCCAAAAGACUUUGGGAUAUACCUGACUAGCAGCGAGCAUAGUACACAAAGUUCUCAAAACACAAAAGAAACAGACACUCGCCCAUUUGCGCUACUACUACACCCCAACAACCAAUACACUACCAGAGAAGACGACGCAAAAACAGCUGGUCGUCUGUUAUUGGCACACCAACACGAGACAAUGUCAACACCAGAGCACCAGGCAAACCUGGCCCGCAUCAGAGACAAUCAGAGACGGUCAAGGGCCCGCAAACGGGAAUAUGUACAGGAAUUGGAGCAGCGCCUGCGGAUGUUUGAAAUGCAGGGUGUAGAAGCAUCUGCAGAAGUACAAGUUGCCGCCAGAAAGGUUGCCGAAGAAAACAAGAAACUCCGAGACUUGCUGCUCGAGCACGGCUUCAGUGACGAGUACAUUGCACGCUACUUGCAGCGCCCUGAUCGACAGCAACAGCCAUCCUCCUCGACCCAACUCGACCCAAGUGCUACAGUACAGUCUCUACACCAAGUUAUAGCACCGCGGCGGUUAGCAAGCUUGGAAUCUAGCUCGCCGUUUAUGCUUCCUAGCCAGAUCAUGCCAUCCACAUCGCCAGGUAGCGUCGCCACCAUCCAAACAUCAGCAUCGUGGGACAGCCUGUCAGGCGACACUUCGUCGAGCUACAACCAGCAGCAGGAUUCCCAGUUGGACGGAUCAUCUCUCAGCAGCAGCGAGAACCAGAUGUAUUCAGCUGGCAUGUUUAGCGGCCCCAACUCGAUGCAGAGCGGCACUGGAGCGUACACGACACAGCCACCCGCGGCUUACACGCAACAACUCCAUCGUGUGUUCGCUACCACCUCCUCCAUGCACACAAACGCACAUACCGCUGGCAAUUAUAACGACAACUCUGAAAUCUACUCCCAACACCAAAGUGGGAACUUCAGUCACCCACCAGGAUACUUAUGAUGCCUGCGUCCAAUCCUCAGCGCGCGGGUGGGCGUACGCUGACUUGGACUGGAUAUUUCUCUUCUUGUACACUACGCUAUGGGCCAUUGGCCUGUUUUCUUUUGCGAGUUUUCUUGCCUCUUUUCCCUUUUUUUCAUGACGAGUCUUUCAGAGACCAAGUUAGUACAUUCUUCUGGAAGCCAGACCAGAAUUUACAUAGAGUAACCGACGGCGGAUGACAGGGUGCCUUUUACAAUGCUUUUUGUUAUGACCUGUUCUGUUGACACUUCUUCAUAUACCUCAUUUUCCGCGGCAUAGACAAAAUCAAAGCUUUUCUUCUUCUAUUUCUUCACAGGCCACAACGUCUACAUCUGUGCAAUCGUUCACUUUUUCCCAAGUCAAAGUUUCCAGGUAAAUUUUAAAGUGAUUCAAAACAAAGUGUAAUAGAAAAAAAUAAGAAUAAACUCCAUGCUAAUUUGUCCCCGUACCCUAAGUCAAUCCUGUAUUUCACACGAUUCCUUUUCGCCAGUCUAAGCCGAGCCAUGGAUUUCCCACAGCAUGAGCCCAAAAGGACUGCAAAAGAAAGAGAAAAGCAAAAGCCGGUGGUAAGCCAGCUCGCUGUAAACGCCGCUGUAGACAUAAUUUCAUCUCCGCCAGAGAAGGUGUCAUUUCAUUUUACAAAAAGUAGUCAGCAACGGGCUUCUUGGCCGGCAUUCCGCGGGAAUCCUGCGGCGCUGCCUGGAAGACCCGGUACCGUCUUGCUGGGCCGCUUCUAAGCCCGUCCUCGGAUUCCAUCAAUAAGCCCCUACCCGCGGCGCCUCCGUCACUGCGGCCGACGUCGCCGUUGCUGCGCGCAAAGACGCCCGUGCCCGACUCGUCCUCGCAGAGCUCCAGCACCGCGGCGACGUUGCCGCACCGGUAGCAGUAGUUGGGCGCCGACCACACUGUGACAAUGGAGCUGUCAAACAUCUCCUUGAAGCCCUCCAUAACAAGCUGGUGAGCGCGCGCAAUCAAGCUGAGAUCGUUGCGGUGGUUGAAGACCUUGACAAUGUCGGCGCCAAACAGGAAGCCUGCGCCGCGGGGCGACAGGCCCCAGCCGUCAAUGUCGUCGGGGUCGGACCACAGCAGGUCGCACAUAGCGCCCUCGUGAGGCACCUCUUGCUUGCGGUCGAUGAGGCGGAUCUUGUCGACGGUGUCAAUGAGCGGGCUCAGGCCGCCGUGCACGCAGAGCACCGCGCCGGCGGGGUUGCCCACGCUGCCGCUACUUGAGCCUGAUGCGCCGGAGCCCGGAGGACCUGUCUUGUCGCCAGAGCUGCCGCUGGCGCCAUUGGGGCUUUGCUGCUGCUGUUCUUGGGAGCCGUCGCCAGGCUGGUUGCGCUGCCGCGCGAAGCGGCUGAUGAUGGAGCCGUUUUGGUCGCAGACUUCAAUCUCUGUGGUGUCAUCGACAGGCUCGUCCUGGCUUGGCGAGAGUGUGUUGGAGGCGCCGAGGACAAUGGCACCGAGGGCGAGGUAGUCAAAGACAUCGCAGCAGUAGCGCCAUACGUUGGCGCUGCCGUAUUUGCGAAGACAUUCGUCGUAGAAUCCGUACACGGUGGUGAUUUGGCGUGAUUCGUGGUUGCCGCGGAUCAGAGUCAUGCGGUCGGGGUAUCGUACUUUGAGACAGAGGAGGAGGAGGAAGGAUUCGAGUGAGUAGAAGCCGCGGUCGACAAAGUCGCCUGGGAACAAUAAUUAGUAUAGUCAUGGCUGGUGUGGGGGAUGGAU